AUGCAAUGGUUUAUCACAGGCUGUUCCAGUGGUCUCGGGCUUGAAUUAGCACGAGCUGUCUUAGACGCGGGCCAAAUUGUAAUUGCGUCCUCUCGUCGGCCAGACAAAACACCAAGCUUAGUGGCCGAGAUCCAAGGGCGGGGUGGUCAAUGGAUAGCUCUCGAUACAGCCGGCCCCGAUGUUGAGAAGGUCAUCGCAGAAACUGCUGCCAAGUACGGUCCAAUUGAUGUGCUCGUUAAUAACGCAGGAUAUGGCACAGUAGGCCCACUGGAGACUCAGUCUACGGGAAUCAUGCAGAAGAUGCUGGCCGCGAAUUUGUUUGGGCCAAUUCGUGCAUCGCAGACCAUAAUACCGUCUAUGCGAGAACGAAGAGCUGGAACCAUCGUCAAUGUGAGCAGCGGCGAGUUUUGGUUUGCGCACGCAGGUAUCGCUAUCUACGGCGCCUCCAAGUUCGCCGUCGAAGGAGUAUCCGAAGCGCUUCAGAAGGAAGUUGCCAACUUCGGCAUCCGGGUCUUGCUCGCUGAGCCUGGGGGUAUGCGCACAUCCCUCAUUGAUCCAGCUAAGCCAGAGCUAUUUGCCGCGAUGCCUGAGACAUACAAGGACACCAUGGUUGACCACACUCUAAAAGGGCUGUCGAUGCUACAUGGAAAUCAGAGUCUGGACCCUAAAAGAGUCGCUGCUGCGAUCGUAAAGGAGGUUCUGGACCCGACACUCAGUAAAGAUGGCAAGCCUAUGCUGAGAAUGCCCCUCGGAAAGGAGUCUAUAGGCGGGAUGAGGAGUAGGGCUGACGAGUUCAAGGAGACAGCAGAGGUCUUUGAGACCCGCGCACUGGAGUGUGACUUUCCAGAGUGA